CAGGGAACAAGGAGGAAUUCACCAAAAAAGAGCAGUGAUCCCUCUGGGUCCCAUGUCUGUCUGUGGGAGAGGCAGGAAAGGGGCGGAAAGGAAAUAUUAAGCAGCAAAGCAGGAGCCUUGGCUUGUGUGAUAUGAUGAGAGCUGCUACGUCACUGGGCUGAGUGCAGGGCAAUGGCUGGCAGUUUGUGAGCGGCAGUGAGCAAGGUUACUGCAGGAGAACGCUACAGGCAGCAGCAGCACCCACAGCGGCACCCACAGCAGCACCACCAUGUCUGCUAAGGAGAUCCAGGCAGCAGAGAGGAUUUCCACCUCAGCUUGCUCCUCUCCGGCCAGAGGUUUGGGCGACCCGGGGAUAACGCCUCUGUCUCCAUCACACAUAGCAUCGAAAGACUCGGACUCCGACGCGGCCGAGGAGCAGACCUUCUCCGUAGUCGUUGCCAUUGAUUUUGGCACCACGUCCAGCGGCUACGCCUACAGCUUCUCCAAGGAACCGGAAUGUAUUCACAUAAUGAGGCGCUGGGAAGGGGGGGACCCUGGAGUUUCCAACCAGAAGACCCCCACCACCAUGUUACUGAUGCCGGAUAGAAAGUUCCACAGUUUUGGCUUUGCAGCUCGGGAUUUUUACCACGACCUGGACCCCAGUGAAUCCAAGCACUGGCUGUAUUUUGAGAAGUUUAAGAUGAAGUUGCACAGCAGCACCGAUCUCACCAUGGAAACAGAACUCACGGCUGCCAAUGGCAAGAGGGUUAAAGCGCUAGAGAUAUUUGCCUACGCGCUCCAGUAUUUUAAGGAACAGGCUCUGAAAGAGCUCAGUGACCAGGCUGGCUCAGAAAUGGAUAGCGCUGAGGUGCGAUGGGUCAUCACUGUCCCUGCCAUCUGGAAACAGCCGGCCAAGCAGUUCAUGAGGCAGGCGGCCUACAAGGCAGGCAUGGCAACACCUGAGAACCCAGAGCAGCUGAUUAUUGCCCUAGAACCCGAGGGGGCCUCUAUAUACUGCAGGAAGCUCCGCCUCCACCAGAUGAUUGACUUGAGCAGCAAAGCGGCUAUCAAUGGAAUCAGCCCGACAGAUCCAGCCAAGGACCUUGCCCGUCGGAACCGCCAGAGCCGCACUUUCUUGGUGGAGAAUGUUAUCGGGGAGCUUUGGUCUGAGCUGGAGGAAGGAGAUCGAUAUGUAGUAGUUGAUUGCGGAGGAGGAACAGUAGAUCUGACAGUUCAUCAGAUCAGGUUGCCAGAGGGUCAUCUGAAAGAACUUUACAAAGCAUCAGGAGGACCCUAUGGCUCUCUCGGUGUUGACUAUGAGUUUGAGAAACUUCUAUGCAAAAUCUUCGGAGAUGAUUUCAUCGACACGUUCAAAGUGAAGCGCCCGGCGGCCUGGGUCGAUUUAAUGAUCGCCUUCGAGUCGCGCAAGAGAGCAGCCGCCCCAGACAGAACCAACCCCUUAAACAUCACGUUGCCAUUCUCCUUCAUUGAUUACUACAAAAAGUUCAGAGGUCACAGUGUAGAACACGCCCUGCGCAAGAGCAAUGUGGACUUUGUGAAGUGGUCGUCCCAGGGGAUGCUGCGCAUGAACCCAGACGCCAUGAACGCCCUAUUCAAGCCCACCAUCGACCCCAUCAUUCAGCACUUGACAAAUCUCUUCCAGAAGCCGGAGGUGGCCGGGGUAAAGUUCCUAUUCCUGGUGGGUGGCUUUGCCGAGUCCCCGUUGCUCCAGCAGGCUGUCCAGCAAGCCUUCGGCGACCAGUGCCGCGUCAUUAUCCCCCACGAUGUCGGACUAACCAUCCUUAAGGGAGCCGUGCUGUUCGGCCUGGACCCCGCUCUGAUCAAGGUGCGACGUUCCCCCCUGACCUACGGAGUAGGAGUUUUAAAUCGCUACGUGGAGGGCAAACACCCGCCGGAGAAGCUGCUGCUGAAAGACGGCACCCGGUGGUGCACCGACGUCUUCGAUAAGUUCAUCCUGGCCGACCAGUCGGUGGCGCUGGGGGAGACGGUGAAGCGCAGCUACACGCCCGCCAAACAGUCCCAGCUGAUCAUCAUCAUCCACAUCUACAGCUCCGAGCAGGAUGAUGCCAAUUUCAUCACCGAUAAGGGGGUGAGGAAGUGCGGCACCCUGAGGCUGGAUCUGACCGGCCCCGAGAGCGCCCCCGUCCCCAGCCGCAGGGAGAUACAGACCAUUAUGCAGUUCGGGGACACUGAGAUUAAAGCCACGGCAGUCGAUGUAGCAACUUCUAAAAAUGUGAAAGUCAGCAUUGAUUUCCUAAAUUAGAGGUUUCUCCAAUUCUCUCCUGUAUUUCAUUUGCUCCCCCCCCCCCCCCCCCCACCGUAACGCUAACUCAGCUCUGGGACUUGGAGUCCUGUCCUGUUUUAUUGAGCCAUAACCUGUACGGUGUCAGUAUAGGGUCAAUACCUAUUCUGCUUCUCCUUUCAUAGUAGGAAAAUGUAACCUCAACGUCAGUAAAGUCCAGAAAGGUG